GCCACUGAUGCACCACCUGCCUGACAUGGACUCAGAGAUGACCCUGAACACCACUGAUAUUGUGACUUACACACAUCCAUGCUAUGAGAUUAUUGAUGUUGGUUACAAACUAACUUCAACUCCUUCAGUUAUAUGUGUGUUGUUGUAUUGUUUUCUUAUGCUUUUAUCUAUUGUAACUGUAUGUGGGAAUCUCCUUGUAGUGAUCUCAAUCAUUUACUUUAAGCAACUGCACACACCCACAAAUACUCUCAUUCUUUCUCUGGCUGCUGCUGAUCUUCUCGUUGGGAUUUUAGUAUUUCCUCUCAGCAUGGCAUUCUCUCUUAGUUCUUGCACUUACAAUGAGAGUUUAUUUUGUAAGGUCAGAGACAGCUUUGAUAUAUUGUUUAGCACAUGCUCUAUUAUGCACCUGUGUUGUAUUUCAAUUGACAGAUAUCAUGCAAUUUGUCAGCCUCUGACGUAUAGGUCCAAGAUCAACCGUCAUGUAGUCUUCAUCAUGAUUGCUGUGAGCUGGGGAGUUUCUGCUCUCAUUGGAAUUGGUGUGAUAAUUCCUAGAUUAAAGAAUGAACAAUGUUUGGAAACCUGUUUUGUUGAUGUUCUGAUGGCAAACACUGUGGGACCUAUAUUGUCAUUUUACCUUCCAGUGGUUAUAAUGCUUUGCAUCUACCUGAAGAUUUUUCUUGUAGCACAGAGACAGGCACGGAGCAUCCAAACCAUAACAAAGUCUGCAGCAACUGCCAGUAACAUGGAAAGAAAAGCAACCAAAACUCUGGCAAUAGUUUUAGGAGUUUUUCUGUUUUGUUGGACACCUUUCUUCAUUUGCAUCACUUUUUUACCUUUUAUCAAUAGUCCAGUGCCAGUGUCGGUGAUUGAAACUCUUAAUUGGCUAACUUUAUCCAACUCUAUGCUUAAUCCUUUUAUCUAUGCUUUCUUCUACACCUGGUUCAGGUUAGCCUUUAAAAUGAUUGUUACUGGAAAAAUACUUCAAGGUGAUUAUGCUAAUGUCAGACUGCACUAA